GGAAUCGCUUACACCCGAUUGCCGACAAGAAGAAGAAGAAGACAAGAAGAUAAAUGAAGAUUGAGCUUGUGUUCAUACCGUUACCAGGAAUCGGUCACCGCAAGCCAACCAUCGAGCUAGCGAAGCUACUUGUCCGCAGCCAUGACCGCUUUACGAUCACCGUGAUCAUCAUCCCUUCCAUAAACAACGUCGCCGAUGAUUCCACCUAUAUAGCAUCUCUCUCCACAAAAUCUCAAGAUCGCCUCCGUUACGAAACCAUCUCCGCCGUCAAAGAACAACCAAUAACAGCAGAUCCGAAGCAGCCGACUCAAGUCUACAUAGAGGAACAAAAUUCAAAGGUAAGAGAUAUAGUCUUGAGAAUCGUGGAUGAUCCAACACGACGACUCGCCGGUUUCGUAGUAGAUAUGUUCUGUUCCUCAAUGAUAGAUAUAGCUAACGAAUUCCAAGUUCCGUGUUAUAUGUUUUACGCAUCAAACGCUACGUUUUUAGGAAUCACACUUCACGUUCAGUUGAUGCACGACGAGAAAAAGUAUGACGUCAGCGAGUUGGAAGAGUCGGUCGUCACUGAGUUGGAGUUUCCGUGUUUGACUCGUCCUUAUCCAGUGAAGUUACUGCCUUAUCUCUUCACUUCAAAAAAGUGGCUACCUUUGUUUCUAGCUCAAGCCAGAUGUUUCCGUAAGAUGAAGGGUGUUUUGGUAAAUACAGUUGAUGAGCUCGAACCACACGCUUUGAAAAUGUUCAACAAUAAUGGUGGUGGUGAUCAUCUUCCUCAAGUUUUUCCAAUAGGACCAGUGUUGCAUCUAGAAAACAUUGAGAAGCAACCUGAGAUUUUGCGGUGGCUCGAUGAGCAACCGGCUAAAUCGGUUGCGUUCCUCUGCUUUGGGAGCAUGGGAGGUUUCAGUGAGAAACAAACUAAAGAAAUCGCCGUCGCGCUAGAACGAAGUGGUCAUCGGUUUCGUUGGUCUCUCCGUCGUCCAUCCCCGUAUAUAAUGACCGAACGUUCCGGAGAUUUUACGAAUCUUGAGGUGGUUCUCCCGGCGGGAUUCUUAGAUCGGACAUCGGAUACAGGGAAGGUAAUCGGAUGGGCACCACAAGCGGCGGUGUUAGCAAAACAGGCGAUAGGAGGAUUCGUCACUCAUUGCGGGUGGAACUCGAUGUUGGAGAGCUUGUGGUUUGGUGUUCCGAUGGUGGUGUGGCCGCUUUACUCCGAGCAGAAGGUAAACGCGUUCGAGAUGGUGGAGGAGCUAGGAUUAGCGGUGGAGAUACGGAAAUAUUUUAGAGGAGAAUUGAUGACCGGAGAGAUGGAGACCGUUACGGCGGAGGAGAUAGAGAAAGCGAUCAGGCGUGUUAUGGAGGAGAAUAGUGACGUUAGGGAUAGAGUGAAGGAGAUGGCAGAGAAGUGUCACGUGGCGUUAAUGGAAGGUGGAUCUUCGCAGGUGGCUUUGCAAAGGUUUAUACAAGACGUGACAUAUAAUAUAAUGUAGCUUAUUUGAAUUUGCAUGUUGAUUAAGUGAGAUACGAUAACUUAUAUAGUUCCAAACUGUUAUGUAAUGUUAUGUAUGUUACAUUUCUGACAAAACAAUGUUAAUUUUACAUGAACUAUAAAUAAGUCAUUAAGGUAAA